AUGCCUAGCAGGGAUAUUGUUUCUUGGAAUGCAUUAAUCUGCGGGUAUUCGCGGAAUGGGUAUGAUUUUGAUGCGUUGGGAUUUUUUGUUCUGAUGCUAAGAGAGGGUCUUAAUCCUUCUCAGACGACGUUAGUUGGUUUAGUUCCUUCGUGUGGUCGGCGCGAGUUGGUGUUUCAGGGAAAAUCUGUCCACGGGAUCGGAAUUAAGGCUGGCCUCGAUUUGGACUCCCGAGUGAAGAAUGCAUUUACCUCAAUGUAUGCUAAAUGUGCUGAUUUGGAAGCAGCGGAACUGUUAUUUUUAGAAAUCUCGGACAAAAAUAUUGUUUCGUGGAAUGCCAUGAUUAGCGCCUACGGCCAAAAUGGUUUCUUUGACGAGGCAAUGCUUGUUUUCAAACAGAUGCUGGAGGAAUGUGUAGAAACCAAUGAAGUGACCAUUAUGAGCAUUCUAUCAGCAAAUGCUCAUCCAGACUCAACCCAUUGCUAUGCUAUUAAAACUGGUUUUACCACUGAUGCUUCUGUUGUUACCUCACUAGUUUGUAUCUAUGCGAGGUUUGGGAACGCAGAAUCUGCUAAGUCACUUUAUGAGUCAAUACCCCAGAAGAAAUUGGUUUCCUUAACUGCAAUUAUGUCGAGCUAUGCUGAGAAGGGAAAUAUGUGUAUGGUGAUGGAAUGUUUUGCUCAAAUGCAGCAUUUGGCCAUAAAACCAGAUCCAGUUGUCAUGGUUAGCAUCCUUCACGGGUUUACAGCCCCAACUCACAUUGGCAUUGGGCAAGCUUUCCAUGGUUUUGGAUUGAAGAGCGGGCUGUGUUCUCACAGUUUGGUGGCAAAUGGGUUGAUAAGCAUGUACUCCAAAUUUGCUGAUAUGGAAGCUGUGUUCUCUUUGUUUUCUGGGAUGCGUGAAAAAUCAUUAAUCAGUUGGAACUCUGUGAUUUCUAGCUGCGUACAGGCUGGAAGGCCACAAAAUGCCAUGGAGUUGUGCUCUCAGAUGACGAUUGAGCGCAGUCCUGAUGCUGUUACGGUGGCCAGUUUGCUCUGUUGUUCUUCCCAACUUGGGUACUUGCGCUUUGGGAAGAGACUCCAUAACUACGUCCUUCGAAACAAUUUUGAAAUGGAAGACUUUGUUGGAACAGCUCUCAUAGACAUGUAUGCCAAGUGUGGAAGCAUACAUAGCGCAGAAAGGGUGUUUAGGAGCAUCAAAAGGCCAUGUUUGGCGACAUGGAAUACGAUGAUCUCGGGCUACAGUUUGUGUGGUUUAGAGCAUAAAGCCCUCAGCUCUUACUCUAUAAUGCUAGAGAAAGGACUUAAACCUGAUAAAAUCACUUUCUUAGGAGUAUUGUCUGCUUGUACCCAUGGUGGUCUUAUUCAGGAAGGGAGGAAAUAUUUCCAGAUCAUGAGAGAAGAGUUUGGCAUAGCGCCAGGACUGCAACACUCUGCAUGUAUGGUUAGUCUCCUUGGUCGUGCGGGCAUGUUCGAGGAAGCACUUGGAUUUGUCAAGAGUAUGGAGAUAGAGCCUGAUUCCACUGUGUGGGGAGCUUUGCUCGGUGCUUGUUGCAUCCACCAAGAGUUCAGGCUUGGAGAGAGUUUAGCCAAGAGGUUAUUUUUCUUAGAUUACAACAGUGGAGGAUUCUAUAUCCUGAUGUCAAAUCUUUAUGCCGCAAAAGGGAGGUGGGAUGAUGUAGCCAGGGUGAGGGAGAUGAUGAGAGACACCGGAGGGGAUGGUUGUUCUGGCAUUAGCCUAAUCGAAGUGACUCGCGAAAGAAAUGAACUCGAGGUUACAAAUAUGAGCUUUAGUAGUCAAGUGUCAAGAUCUCCCAUAGUGUAGUAGCAGCCCAUUGCUAAGGACAAACUCUGGACCACUCGUAUACUUGAACAUUUUAGUUUCAAUUUUCACGAUGAGGGUUGAUAUGUUACACAUUGGGCAGGUAAGACGAUCAAUUUUUUGGGAUAGAUCCUCCAUUAUUAUUAUUAUUUUAUUUUAAAAUUCCACAAUCCAUUGUUUAGUUGGCAAGUUGAGUUGUAACCCAUUGCACUUUCUAUCAUACUCCAAUAGAAGGAAGACGAGAUAUGAUCAAAUGAAUUCAUGAAAGAAAUGAAUAUGAUGAAUGUGAGCUUUAGUA